AUGGCAAACCUGAAAUCCGGACUUGCAGAUUUAGAUGUUCAUGGAAGGUCCCAAAAAACGGACAUGUUGGACCCAUACAUGGAUGUUGAUCUUGGAGUUCAGCCAUUAGAGACAGGUAGGCUGAGCUUGAAUCCAAGUGAUGGAAAGCUUCAUCUCUGGUGCAAUAAUGAAGGUGCAGUUCUAGUUGAGGCAGUGACACGAGUUAAGAUCUCAGAGCUUGGAGACCUCUCUCAGUAUAAUGAGUUCUUCGAAAAUCUUGUUUAUAAACCUGUUUUUAAUGGGAAUUUCUCUGAGAUGCCUCUUGUUGUUGCUCAGGUGACAAAGUUUGGUUGUGGAGGUUAUUCGUUAGGGAUAGGCACAAGCCACUCCUUAUUUGAUGGACCAGCCACCCAUGAUUUUCUCAGUGCAUGGGCUUCCAAUUCUGCUAUUCUGAAAGUAAAGGGUGGCCAUGAGCUGCAAAAACCAGUGCAUGAAAGAGGGUCGUUACUGUUGGUGGGUAAUUCUCAUCCCCAUAAGAUCCAAACGAGGGCUGCAGCCAUAGAUCAUCUGUAUCAGUUGAUACACCAAGCUGUUGCUGAUCCAAAUCACGGGAAGCUUGCUGGAGAUCAAAACCCUAGCGCGAUGAGCUACCCAAAUUAUGUUCUAAAGACUUUCCAUCUAAGUGGUACAGUGAUAGAGAACCUGAAGAGAAAAAUAUGGAGUCAAAGGAGAGGCAGCUUCUCAUGCUCAUCUUUUGAGGUUGUCACAGCUCACCUAUGGAAGGCAAGGACCACGGCUUUAGGAGUGAGGAAGGAAAGAAUGGUGUGUUUGCAAUUUGCUAUGGACAUAAGGAACAAGAUGGCGCCUGCACUGCCUAAAGGUUUCAGUGGCAAUGCUUAUGUACUCAUUUCAGUUGCUUUAAAAGCUGGAGAAUUAGAGGAAGGAAGCCAUGAAGCCAUAAUAGAGAAGAUAAAACAAGCUAAGAACUCUGUAACCAGUGACUAUGUGACUUCAUACAUGGAAGCACUUGAUGGGCCACAGGGCACUCUCCCUCCGAUGAAGGAACUAACCAUAGUUUCUGAUUGGACAAGGAUGCCAUUCCACAAGGUUGAUUUUCUACAUGGAGGUGCAGCUUAUGUAUCUCCAUUGGUUACUCCAAUCCCUCAGGUUGCAUAUUUGAUGCAGAAUCCAAACGACUCUGCAGGUAUUGAUGUCAGGAUUGGCCUGCUUCCACAGGCCCUUGAUGCCUUUUCUCAUUACUUUCUCAUGAACGUGCAAUAA